AUGCUUACAACCUCCAGCCUGGAGAGGGAUGGUGCCAUGUUUCUUGGAUUUGGUGGUUAUAUGGGUACAGUGAUCAUGCCACAGAGAAGGAAUCAGAUGAUGGUUUUCAGGAGGCUAUCUGUGUGGAGUGGUGCAAAGCACACACAUGCACACACUGCUGGGAAGAGGAGGUUAGGCUACUAUUUGAAGAAAAGCAACAUACAUUACAGUUUCUUGAGUGGCAUGCAAAUUGGUGGAUGGGCCAUGCUAGUGCCAUUGCAACAGGUGACAAAGCUCUCUCUGAUGGGUGUCAUGCAUCAUUUCUUGGAUGUUGCCAAUGCUUAUAGUGUAUCUCCCUCUCCUAUGCUCUGA